AGUGAAUACGGCGGUGCUCUCUGUAAAUAAAUUCAUUUUAAAAAGUGCAGAUGUCAGUAGAGAUGAGGCGGGACUGGUAUUACAAGUAGUGGAUGGGUUGGGAUGGCAUGUUAGGUGAACGCACACCCGCAUUUGAUUUUAUACCGAGAAAUAAUUGGAUAUGUCAAAAACAAAUACAGCAUCUGGAGGCACUGGUUCAACAAAAUUGAUACAAAAAUUGUGUUACCAUCUUUCAGGAAAGAGAAGAGAUGAUGCAGCACGUUUAUUCAAAUUCACUAUACAGAGAUUAUAUGAAACUCCUCAUGGUGACAGAGAGCUUCAAGAUGAGUACAGUAUUACAGAUAUUAUAAAAAAGAGAUUGGCUGAGACAAGAACUGAAAAGGAGGUGUGUAUUUUCAAUGAACUUCAUCGGAAAUUGCAAACAGAUCACUCGAUAAAAAAUCACCAAUCUAUACUGUUAUUUCUGAUGCAUGUUAGUGACAUACGACAGGUGAAUUACGAUGGUUCAUCAUCGCCAUUAUUCAAAGGAUUGAUUGCAUCAGAAUCUGCAGAACCAAUUCAUCCAUCUUCCUUUGGACUUCCAAGACUGUCAUCAUCCUCAAUUCCUUCAACACAGGCAGCUCCUGGGAUACCCAGUGAUGUCAUAACAGUUAGACACACAGAUCAAAAUUGGCGUCAAGACAAUCGCAGAAUGGAAAAUGUUAGCCAGAGCAGCCAAUCAUCAUUGCGCCAAAGUUCUGAGAGCCACGUUCCCUCUGUUGCUAAUCUUAAUAAACCAGUUUUUCUUGAGGUGCCAGAAUCUCAGCUGCUGCAGGACUUGAUAUAUUCGUUUCAAGGCAUCGAUGGAAAGGUUCUCAAGUUAAGUCCAGUGGGUCAGGGCUACAAGCUUGAUCCAAAGGUGCGAGUGAAGCGGUCUGUUCGUAGAUAUGUUCUGCGACUUGCCGAGCUAGGUUGGUUGCACAACCAAGUUAGGCAGCACUGUGAAAAUGCUGCUUGUUCCAAAACUCAGGGUCUCAUUGGUCAAAGCCUUAGUGCAGCCUUUAGAGAAGAAUUGACUGAAUAUUAUCGCUUUGUUGCCAUUCUGCAGUCACAGAUAAAGUUACAAAUGGACACAUCUGUGGACUCCCCUUUGAGUGAAGAACAGCCACUAUAUCACAGAGAAAGCCUCACACUUUUCAGGCUGACUGUGUGGGCAUUUGAACCACAAAGGCGUAUGAAGUGUUUGGUCGCGGUUGCAGAUGCAUGUAAGGAUAAGAAAGGUGGGGAAAUGGCAUCAUGUGUUCAUGGUUUCUUGCAACACGGAGAUCCAGUCAUCAGAGAGACAGCAAAGAAUCUGCUGGGAGCAGUGUGUAAACCAUUGUAUGUUAUGUUGAGUCGCUGGAUUCUUGAUGGUGAGCUAGAGGAUCCAUACAGUGAAUUCUUUAUUGCUGCUGACCUAGAGGUGAAAGGUGACCUUCUGUGGCAUGAAAAGUACCGUGUUCUAGAGUCGAUGGUACCUAGCUUCAUUCCACUGGCACAAGCAAAGAAAAUUCUUGCUACAGGAAAAAGCAUCAACUUUCUGAGAGAGAUAUGUCAAGAUCAUACUCCUGUCAAAGGCAGGGAGGAGCUGAAACAUGCACUUGCAUGUGCUAAUGUGGAAUCUUUGUUCAUGGCUGACCGUGAUAGUGAUCUCCAAUCCAUGAUAGACACAGCAUACCUGGAGACUUCACGUCGUGUAUUAGAUGUGUUAAUAGGACAGUACAAAUUUCUGGACCAUCUACAAGCUCUGAGACGCUAUCUUCUUCUUGGGCAAGGGGACUUCAUUCGUCAUUUGAUGGAGCUGUUGGAACCAGAACUGAUCAAACCAGCCAUACAGCUAUAUCCACAUAAUCUUUCUGGUAUAUUGGAAUCAGCAAUAAGGGCAACCAAUGCUCAGUUUGAAGAUGCAGAUAUCUUGAACCGACUUGACGUUCGAUUUCUGGAACAGUCCCCUGGUGAUACUGGUUGGGAUGUAUUCAGUUUGGAUUAUCACGUAGAUGGGCCCAUUGGAACAAUCUUUACCCAGAACUCCACUGCGUAUCUGAUGCUGUUCAGUGCAUUGUGGCGAGCUAAACGUAUGGAGUGGAUUCUGUCAGGAAUGUGGAAGCGGCAGAUCACAUCAGCCAAAUUACUGCGAAAGCUUCCAGAAUUGGGUCCCAUACUUCAGCGGGCACAUUUGUUGACAUCAGAGAUGGUUCACUUUAUCCAUCAAAUGCAGUAUUACAUACUGUUUGAAGUGCUAGAAUGCUCAUGGGAUGUCCUUAUCAAACAAGUUCAUAGGGCAGAAUCGCUUGAUGACAUCAUUUCUGCUCAUGAGUACUUUCUGAUUACUGUCAAAGCAGGGGCCUUGUUAGAUGAUAACUCACAGAAAUUGUCAACUCAGUUACGUACUGUGUAUGAACUUAUUCUACAACUUCAAUCCCUUGAAGAGGAAUUGCAUGCAAGGUCUCUGUCAGAACUCCAAGCACUUGCAAAGCAUGAAGAGCUGGUGGAGGAAAGAGGAAAACUCGGACAGUUUGGGACAUCAACCCAUGAAGAAGAAUUGUAUCAUAAACAAAGUCAGGACUUCAAACAAAGAUACAUUACUAGUGUUCAGACACAAUUAAGAAUACUGAGCAAAAGCUACCAGGAUGUUGUGAAAAAAUUCCUUCUUAUGUUGGCUAGCCAGUCAGAUGUGAGUUUACAACUCCUCAGUUUCCGACUCGAUUUCAAUGAACAUUACAAACGACUGGACUCUCGGCUGAGAGCUCCACUCACUUACCAGCAUCGGCGUUUGAGCGAGAUGGGAUCUGGUAAGAAUAUUCCAGGAGCAUCACAGCAGAAGGUUAGAAUCAAGUGACAUUCAGCCUGUGGAGCACCUUCACAGCCCGGUAACACUGUAGCUUCAGCUGCACUGGAGAUAGAUCCCAGUAGAGUAGAAAACAUUGUUAUAACACAAUGUUCUACUGAACACGGUGAUAACAUUGCAGAUGAUUCUACAAUAGAAACUGUUUUAUGCAAAGAUGUUUCUGGUGUUAUGGAUAAUGACAAUUUUAUGACAGUUGAAGACUUGAGGAAGGCAGAAAUGGUAGGAAAUGAUCAGUAUAUCGAUACAGAGCAGGUGAGUGUAGAAGGGAAUCAUGUUUAUAGCACAGGUCAAAUAUCUGUACAUUCUGAAGAUGUAAUGUUUGAAUUGAGAAAGUCAUCUCACUUGCGUGGGAAUAAUAAUUACAAAGGAGAUGAGUUUGGAAACAAUAAUGACCAUGAAAUGGAUGUUGCCGAUAAUAGAUCAAAUUUACAAAUAUACAAUACGGUCCGUUCGGUGUUAAACCAUUCUGAUGAUAAAUUAACAGUCUUUGGACAUUGUGUUAAAUUUAAAUUGAAUGAAACUGGAGAUGGAAUUCCAAAAAAUAAUAAUGACAUGGAGUUGGAAUUGAAAUAUGCUGAAAAGUUCAGCAGCGUUUCCAGUAUUUCAUCUGUAGUCCUAGGGAAUGAUAGAGAUAAUGUGGUAUUUGAAUAUUCAGGUAAAGUUGAGGAAGAAAGUUGCAAGAGAGGGUUUAGUAUUUAUCCAGGUAGUGGGGAAUUUGACAACACAGAGACUGAAGGAACAGGUAGCUGCAAUAGUGUAGAUGAAAUUGGCAUAGAUUCUGCUGACUUUAUAAAUGGCAGUGAAAUACAUGUACACAGUAAUGAUGUGUGUGAAGUAAGUUCAUGUUCUGACUUGAAUAUUGAUCUUGCAGAAACAGGCACAGGCAUGGGAACAAAAAUUUCAUGCGAACAAAAUGAAAAUUCUUCUAGUCAUUUUACAGGUAAUUUAUAUUUUCAGAAUAUUACACCUGAAACUGAAGAUGAUAUUCAUAAUGGGAGAGGAACCCCCAUUAGUUAUGUGACAACAGCUGAUAAUAGUUCUGUUGAUUUGGAUGGAAGUGUUGAGCAAUUUCCCAUAACUGGGAAUUACCAGAUCAUAAACUGUAACACUGAAAUUUAUUCCAGUGAAAAUGAUAAUGUCCGAGGGCUUGAGACGCUACAGUCAAAUCAGGAAAUUGCUAAAUUCUGUGUGAAAACAGAGUUUAAGAAAAGUACAAUGGAUGUUAACAGUCCGAUAGUUGAUUCUCUGGAACAUUUUUGUUAUGGUAGUACAUGUGAAAACAAAAAUGCAUCCCCAAUUAAUGAUAUAUCCCAAUGUAACAGUAAGAGUAAUACUAAGCUGACAAAACCUAUUACGAAUAACAAAAAGGAACCACAUAUUACUUGAUGUUGCGUAGGGUGAGUUGUGAAUUGAUAGUCAUGAGUUAUUCUUUGAUGCAGAAAGUUAUAAUUUAUGGAGCUGCUAAAACAUUAGAAGUAUCAAUCUUUUAUCUGAAACUUGAUAUGUAGUUAGUUACAAUAUUGAUGUGUGUUACUCUCAGUGUGGCAACUUUCUCCCAUUUCAGAAUAACCAGACUAUUAUCAACUCACCCUCAGGCCAGCAGGUUGGUGGCCAUGGAUAUUUAUCUCUUAUUUUAUCUUUAUAUGCAGCGUGUCAGGUUGAAAAGUUGAAUGGUGCACAUUCAGGAAUUUAACUUUUACACCAGUAAAAAUAUUAUCCAUGUUGCAUUUUGACCCAGUUAAGUAACACUGUACUGAGUAGACAGUGUUCACUAUUAGAUACAUUUCAGUCUUGCAGUACAGCAUUGUGUGGAGGUAAGGAAAAUGAUACUCAUCAUAACACCUUAUGUGGUUUCUGCAGAGAUGGAAAAUUCCUGCUCGGUAGUAUAUUGAAAAAGAAGAAACUAACUCUUUGAUGGAGGUGGUAAUUUCUCACCUAAUAAAGAAACACUGUAUUUUAUGGAAAUCAAAUGUUCAGUACGAUGUUCCCAUGAUCCCAGUCUUGGGCCCUAUCCUGAGCUACUUGGAUCCAGUUUACACUCCUACAUCCUGCUUCUUUAAAUUUUGUUUUUAUAAUAUCCUAUCAUCACUUUCCUAAAUCCCACCUCAUAUACUAUCAGGCAUCAUCAUUUGGCCUGAUUUCAUGAUACAGUUACAUGGAGAUGUCAUUUUAGUUUUAACCUCCAUAAUUGUUACUGUCAGAGUUUGGAGUUAUUUAAACAUCAGUCUCAUGUUUUAUUGUCAGUGUAUAGUUAGUGCAUGUAGUGUAUCAUGUAAACAUGAUGGAGUGCAUGUUGUAAAUUGUAGUUUCCAGUGGCUGAAUUUUGUGUUAAAAUGCAUUUCAGUUUCCAUUUUAUGGUUUUUAUUUUGUACUAUUAAUAAUGUCACAGAUUUCUUUCAGACAUAAAAAUAAUUGUUGUAUUGUAAGAUUUCAAAAGUAUUCUUGGAAAUAUCAUCACGUGUUUUAUUUUCUGUGUGUGUCAGUGUUGGUAAAUUCUUUCUUGUUUGUUUUAUGUAACAUUUGUCUGAUAUAUUUAGUUUUAAUACUUCUUAAUAACUGAAAUGAUUAGUUGUUCAGCUAGUCAAGAAAUUCCUCACCUUUACAGGUUCAGACAAGUUUCCAUUAUUAAAAGGAAACAAAUUUCUUUUGAUCUUUUUAAAUUUUCAGUUGAUUUGCUGCUUUAGUUUGUGUUUCUUAUGUUUUAAUUUUUGGAAAUCAUGUCUGUUUUAUUUUUCAGUAAUUCAUCCCUGCUAUGCAUGGUUCUGAAGGAUUCCUGGCAGCUUUCAUUAAAUCACACCUCCAAAGCAGAAAUUAUAUGUGUGUUAAUUCCUGGUUCAUUUGUUAUUGUUAAAAAUUUAAGGGCUGAAGUGAGAUCAGAUUGUAUGCAGUUUUAUUAAUAAGAUUAGUUUUGAUGAUUAUGUUCUGCAUUAUGUAG